AGUUGAGAUAGAUGACCUUGUAGUGAGAACUUUUUUAACCUCGCUUUUCUUCAAACACUGGUAGAUGUCUAGUCUUUUUGUUCAAUUUCAAGAAGCCUCAAGUGUUACAUACAACAAAAUUGUACAGCGGAAAGAAAAAUCGACACACUUCUCAAGUUAAACAUGGACAUGGGAACAUCAAGCAUGGAUAUGGAAGGUGCGACAGCGACUGCAACCGCAACAAUGACUGCAACGAACACCGCUGCGGCCAUGGAUAUGGGAGGCGGAUGUCAAAUUUCUAUGCUUUGGAACUGGUAUACCAUUGACUCAUGUUUCAUCUCCCGCACAUGGCACAUUACCUCAAACGGAAUGUUCGCCGGCUCUUGCAUCGGCGUGAUACUCCUCGUCAUGUCACUAGAAUUUCUUCGUCGAGCCUCAAGAGAAUACGAUCGCUAUAUCAUCCGUCAAGCACGAAAGCAACAGCAGCAUAUCACAUCUAACAUAGAUAUUAAUCCCAAGAUAAACGAAUCUGAUCCUCAGUCAACUCAAGCAGUCGUUACUACACAAAGGAAUACGCAAAAUUUUCGACCAGAUCUCUGGCAACAAAUCAUUAGAGCAUUUUUUCAUAUGAUGCAAUUCGCCGUGGCGUACUUUGUUAUGUUGUUGGCGAUGUAUUUUAAUGGAUAUAUUAUUAUCUGUAUCAUUAUUGGUGCUUUCCUGGGUGCUUUUGUGUUUAGUUGGGAACCGAUAAAUCUAGGAUCUAAUGAUCAUGAAGAGGCAACCUUUUGCUGUGGUUAGGCAAGACGCGGAAACGCUGAAAUGGUGGAUGUUAAUUAGACGGCAUUGUAUAAAGGUUUGGGAAUGAAGCUGAGAAGUUUCAGGAGUUGAAUAUGAAUGCGAUUCUAGAGUUGAAUGUUCAUCGUGGAAUGUAGAAUGUCAAUAGAUACUAUGGUAAAAGAAUCAAUGAAUAACUAGCAGCCAAUCAUACCUCGAAGGUCUAAAGGGCAAAUCACUAUUGGCCUAUCAACAUAUACCAGCAACAAUUACAUCUUACGCAUGUGUUAUCU